GGGAAGGGUGGCCAGGCUUUCACCUGCCCAUGGGGCUCAGGGCUUCCUCAGCAGCUAAGGGUACUUGGGGCUGUUUAAUCAUUAAAGGAAAGGAGUGGAGCCAGGAGCACCUCAAAGUCCAGCCCGGUGGUGAGCGACUCACCGAUGAGCAUGGAGCUGGCGGCAAUGGGGCCUGGAGCUGCAGGAAAUGGGGCCAGGACGGCGACAGUUCUACGCUCAGCCCUGGGCGCCGGAGUCAGCCUGCACGCCUACGACAUCGGUGUGCUGGUCGUCUACUUUGUCUUCGUCAUUGGCGUAGGGGUCUGGUCCUCCAUCCGUGCAAGCCGAGGGACCAUUGGUGGCUACUUCCUGGCAGGGAGGUCCAUGAGCUGGUGGCCGAUCGGAGCAUCUCUGAUGUCCAGCAACGUGGGCAGUGGCUUGUUCAUCGGCCUGGCUGGGACAGGGGCUGCUGGAGGCCUCGCUGUGGGUGGCUUCGAAUGGAACGCAACCUGGCUGCUGCUGGCCCUCGGCUGGGUCUUCGUCCCUGUGUACAUCGCAGCCGGUGUGGUCACAAUGCCGCAGUACCUGCAGAAGCGGUUCGGGGGCCAGAGGAUCCAGGUGUACAUGUCUGUGCUGUCUCUCAUCCUCUACAUCUUCACCAAGAUUUCGACUGACAUCUUCUCUGGAGCCCUCUUCAUCCAGAUGGCCUUGGGCUGGAACCUCUACCUCUCCACAGUGAUCUUGCUGGUGGUGACGGCUGUCUACACCAUCGCAGGGGGCCUCACGGCUGUGAUCUACACAGACGCUCUGCAGACGGUCAUCAUGGUGGGGGGAGCCCUGGUCCUCAUGUUUCUGGGCUUCAAGGAGGUGGGCUGGUACCCAGGGCUGGAGCAGCGGUACAGACAGGCCAUCCCUAACGUCACAGUCCCCAACACCACCUGCCACCUCCCCCGGCCCGAUGCCUUCCACAUGCUUCGGGACCCUGUGAGCGGGGACAUCCCUUGGCCAGGCCUCAUUUUCGGGCUCACGGUGCUGGCCACAUGGUGCUGGUGCACGGACCAGGUCAUUGUGCAGAGGUCGCUCUCUGCCAAGAGUCUGUCCCACGCCAAGGGAGGCUCAGUGCUGGGGGGCUACCUGAAGAUCCUGCCCAUGUUCUUCAUCGUCAUGCCCGGCAUGAUCAGCCGCGCUCUGUACCCAGAUGAGGUGGGCUGCGUGGACCCCGACAUCUGCCAGAGAAUCUGUGGGGCCCGCGUGGGCUGUUCCAACAUCGCCUACCCCAAGCUGGUCAUUGCUCUCAUGCCCGUUGGUCUGCGGGGUCUGAUGAUCGCCGUGAUCAUGGCCGCCCUCAUGAGCUCGCUCACCUCCAUCUUCAACAGCAGCAGCACCCUGUUUGCCAUCGACGUGUGGCAGCGCUUCCGCAGGAAGGCAACGGAGCAGGAGCUGAUGGUGGUGGGCAGAGUGUUUGUGGUGUUCCUGGUCGUCAUCAGCAUCCUCUGGAUCCCCAUCAUCCAGAGCUCCAACAGCGGCCAGCUCUUCGACUAUAUCCAGUCUGUCACCAGCUACCUGGCCCCGCCUAUCACUGCCCUGUUCCUGCUGGCCAUCUUCUGCAAGAGGGUCACAGAGCCUGGAGCCUUCUGGGGGCUCAUGUUCGGCCUGGUGGUGGGGCUUGUGCGCAUGAUCUUGGAGUUCUGCUACCCCGCCCCAGCCUGUGGGGAGGUGGACCAGAGGCCAGCCGUGCUCAAGGACUUCCACUACCUCUACUUUGCCCUCGUCCUCUGCGGGCUCACUGCCAUCGUCAUCGUCACUGUCAGCCUCUGUACAACCCCCGUCCCUGAGGAAAAGCUCUCUCGCCUGACGUGGUGGACACGGAACCAUCCAGCUGAGCUAGAGAAGGAAGCCCAUGAGGACACACCAGGGAAAGUGGAGAUCCCACCUGGGGAGCCCCCUGCAGGAGGCAGAGAGGCAGACCACUGCAGCCAGGGCCCGGAGCAGCAGCCUGGAGCCCCACGCAGAUCCUGGGGAAAGCUGCUCUGGGGCUGGUUGUGUGGGCUCUCCGGGGCCCCGCAGCGAGCCCUGAGCCCAGCAGAGAAGGCCGCACUAGAGCAGAAGCUGACCAGCAUUGAGGAGGAGCCACUCUGGAGAAGUGUCUGCAACGUCAAUGCUGUCCUCCUGCUGGCCAUCAAUGUCUUCCUCUGGGGCUAUUUCGCAUGACUCCGCAGACCCAGCUUCAGCUGAGACAGAGGAAACACAGCCCCAGCCUGGCCAGCCACAGACACUGGCUUUCCUUUCACCUUGCUGUCCGAACUGGAGACCCCAGAGGCUGAGGCUGCAAGAGUGCCUGCAGAGCCCCUCAUCCAGCCUGUGCCCUUGACUGGUGGUGAAACAGAGGCCCAGAGAGAGCGCUGGGCCUGCCCAGGACCACAUAGCAGGAUUCACACUGGCCUCCUGACUCCAGCUCUCCUCCCAUUACAUUGCCUUAAAGUCCUACCUCAAAAAUGCUGUUUUCACCUUCUUGGUGAGUUUGCUCAGGAGCAUUUACUCAAUGUGUGUCUUGAAAUUAAAAAGUGGAUGAUACAAGCAAAGGAAUAGCAGGCAAGUUGUAGAAAUCCACAUGCAUCUUUGCUCACCCAUACCCCUCCCUUCUCCCCCUUUUGCCCUCGCUCUACAUCCCUCAUUCCCAAUCCCUGUCAACUGUUUUUAGCAGGCAUCUACUUGAAGGACUUCAAGCUCCAGUUGGUGGCUCCACACUGUGACUGUCACACCCAAAGGGGGGGGGGAGUUAGCACGGUGACAGAUUGUUUGGGGCAGGGAACACAGGGAUAAAGGACUCUCCUUGGCACCACUCAAAUCUGUCUCUUCUUUCUCUGACAUCCAAACACGAGCCAAUCUCCAUGGCCUUGAGGAGCUGGGAGUCCAGCUGGACAGACGGGACUUGUUGAAAACAGGAGGGACUGAUCCAGGCUGCUCUGCUUCGAGUAAGCCCUGCAGAAGGUCUGCACAGGCCACCGAGGAGCCGCUGCAGCUGGGCCUGUGCCCCGCCCUCUGCCUUUGCCUGCAGGGAGCUCCUGCCCUGGAAAACACCACGCCCCUGCUUAGCCACCCCUCCUCCAAGAAGCUGCCUGAUGCCCCAAACUGGGUCAAGGUCCCACUCCUGCUCCUACACCCUCUGGACUUGCUUCUGUGGCAGCUCCGAUCACUGUACUGUGAUGUUUAUCUCCUGGCUAGACUGAGUCCUCCAAGGGGCAGGAAUCAAGGCCCAAGUGACUUUGUACCCAGAGAGGAGCAGGUGCCUGAUAAAUGUUGAAUUAGCAAUUCUCCAAGGCCACAUAGGCUGUGCUCUGUGGCUGGCUGGGUUGCGACUUGGGGAGCCUGCUGGUGGGGAGGACUGUCCUUCAGCUGGAGUUCACACACUGAGUCUCAGGUGGCUGGAGGGGAACCACCGUCCCACCCACCCUCUGGCCUGACGCAGAUGAGGUGUCCCUUCCUUUAUCUAGCUCCCUGUCUGGGCCACCCCUGGUCUUGCCAGAUCCACUAUAAUGCUGCCCUCGAUCACCAUUUAUACUAAUCAAUCAUCACAAUUAAAUACAAAUAAAAUUCUAGUUCUCUGAGGUUUCAA